AUGGCGAGAUACAGCAACAUCACUAUUGUCGCACCCGAGGGCACGACCCAGCAAAGCGACGAUCAUCUGGUCUGCCUACCUGCGGACUGGUCAACAGUAUUGCGCUUCUUUCUUUUCAAUUACGUCGCUCAUGCUUUCACGGUCUGGAGUCGACCUGGUGAGACAGCCAGCGAGAAAGUCUUCAGUGCCGUGUUGGCUUUCUUCUUACCUGUAUCUGGUCUCGGUCGUGGCAUCGACGCGAUUUAUCGUGGUGCUUUGUUGGGGCGUGGUUUAUGGACAAAUCUGUUUGGCUCUGCAACAAACGCCACUCAGGUUCGCACGGCGAUGGGAAAGUUCAAAGUUGAGAGGCGUGCUGUGAGUCAAAGUGCACCGCGGAGCGAAGUCAAUUUUACUAACGCGAAAGUGUCGAUCAGCUGUCAAGUCCGAGCGUCGAUCCGCUCUCAAGUCCAAGUGUCGCUCGACAACAACUCGCAAACGUUCAGCGACGCGUAUCAGAUCGAAGUUGAUGGAGAUGAAAGUGCUAUUCGACCCCCAGACCUGUCCUCGAACCGCCAUGUCAACGGAAUCACAUCAACCCCAGAAAGAUUUGGUUAUCGUAUCAUGGAAUUACCACGCACAUCUGAAAAUCUCAUUGUCACGCCCAAAGACCAAGAAGAAGAAGGCGGAACCGAAGAAGCAAAUGGCGAAGAAACGGCGAAGUUGCAUAUUCCACAAGCCUCGAAUGUAGCCGUGGCACUCAUUGCAGUACUACAAAUUGUAUACGCUGGGUACGGUGUGUUAACAGUCACGGGUGAUCAGUUCGACCGCUUCGGCUACUCAGCCUUCCACCUGACCGUCCUCCCUUACUUGGUCAUGUCUGUCGUCAAUCUCGUAGGAAAUUUGCUCACGCCCACGUAUCCCGGAAUUACUCUCGUCGGUACAGCCACCUCAGACGAGGUCCAUCGACGAGCAGGAAUUGUCCAAAGCACUAUUGGUUACAUCGAAAAUCUCUCCAGUUUUGAGGAGACCACUAAUAGUGCUGAUGAAAUGGGAAAUUACACAGUAAUUGUGUACGAGUGCAGCCAGAACAUGACCCGAUAUGUGCAAGACUCGGAUUAUGAGAAUACACCUAUGCACUACGACAAUUCUAUACCGCACUCUUUGCAAAUCUGCUUCGACAAAGAGUGUCGGCGUACCCACAAAGGCAUUCUCAAAGUUCCCUCUGGGCGGCCAAAGCCAGUCAAACAUCCCUGGGCUUUCUGUUGCAAAGGUCCAACUCUGUUCCUUGCCGUCGCCAGCCAUAUCUAUCUCUAUGAUGAGUACAAAUAUCACAUGGAAGUGGGAAGGAAGGACAGUCACUGGCUUUGCUUCCGAACUCAGUCAAGGGCGCAUCAUCCGAUCAAGGCUUCAGUACGCGUGGGCUACGGAAACUGGGACAUCAACACCCUUGAGUAG